GAAGAAGAAGACAACAACGAUAGGUCGCGCGAAGAGUCACAAACCGGAAGCCCAAGAUCGCACCAGCGGAAAUAGUUGGAAAUUGGGCUCGGCACCAAAAAAUAUGUCAAGCCCAAAGCAGUAAACAGGAAUGCUAAGUGUUAGUUUGCUUUGCUCUGCGUAGUCGGACAGUUCACCGAGCUGAGGGCCAUGGAAGAUGACAUACUGACCACGCUGAAAAUCUUGAUCAUCGGAGAAAGUGGCGUCGGAAAGUCCAGCCUCCUCCUCAGGUUCACAGAUGACACGUUUGACCCCGAGCAAGCGGCCACAAUCGGUGUUGACUUUAAAGUGAAGACCAUGUCCGUAGAUGGAAAUAAGGCAAAGCUGGCGAUAUGGGACACUGCGGGACAGGAGCGCUUCAGAACCCUGACCCCCAGUUACUACCGAGGAGCCCAAGGAGUCAUCCUAGUGUAUGAUGUCACAAGACGAGAAACCUUUACCAAACUGGAGAACUGGCUGAACGAGCUGGAGACGUACUGUACGAGGAAUGACCUUGUGAAAAUGCUCGUUGGAAACAAAAUUGAUAAGGAAAAGCACGAGCUAGACAGGGCAGAAGGGCUGAAGUUUGCAAGAAAACAUUCCAUGCUUUUCAUAGAGGCCAGCGCAAAGACCCGGGAUGGUGUUCAGUGUGCGUUUGAAGAGCUUGUGGAGAAGAUCAUACAGAGUCCGGGGUUGUGGCAGAGCGACGGCCACGGCAGGGGGGUGCAGCUCACCGAUGAAGACGCAGGAGGUGGCGCCUGUGGUGGAUACUGCUCACUGGUCUAGACACACGGCUUCUUCAGCAUCGCCACCCGGUGACACAAACCCUUGCUUCCGUCCGCGCCCCCCCCACACGCCCGUGUGUUCACACAGACGAUACGUUUGCACAAAUUCCGAUAAAGCUGCGCUUCAAAUGCUAAACGCCACUCAGC